AGGAAGCCGCGCCCCCGGCUUAGUUUCCGGUCCCUCUCUUCCCAGGGCCGAGAAGCUUCCCCACACCCUGCGCGACCCGCUUGGGAAUUUUUAAAGUUAUAUCUGGGCCGGGGGUUCUGUGGGUGGCGCUCGCGCCUCUCUCCGGUGGCGGGAGACAUGCGCGCGGCGCGCGGCCUGUGCUUCUUCCUCAGCCUCUGCGCGCUCUGCUCCUGCGCCACCCGGAAGUACUACCUGGGCGCCGUGGAGUUGCCCUGGGACUAUGUGAGCGGGGGUGCUUCCGGUGCCCAGCGCAGCGAAUCCAGGUUCCCUCCCGGGACACCAGCGCCGUCUGAGCAUGUUGUGCACACGAAGACGGUGUUUGUGGAGUACAUGGACCGGUUUUUCCACACGGCAAAGCCCAGGCCGCCGUGGAUGGGUCUCCUAGGCCCCACCAUUUGGACCGAGGUUCACGACACUGUGGUCAUCACACUCAAAAACAUGGCUUCUCAUCCCGUCAGUCUCCACGCUGUCGGUAUGUCCUUCUGGAAGGCGUCCGAGGGCGCGGCAUACGACGACCACAGCAGCCCGGCCGAGAAGGACGACGACAAAGUCCUCCCCGGCGAGAGCCACACUUACGCGUGGCAGGUCCUGGGGGAGAGCGGCCCAAUGGCUUCCGACCCCCCGUGCCUCACCUAUGCCUACCUGUCUCAUGUGGACCUCGUGAGGGACCUGAACUCGGGCCUCGUCGGGGCCCUGCUCGUGUGCAAAGAAGGCCGUCUGUCCGCAGACAGAACACGGAUGCCACCCCACUUCGUGCUGCUUUUUGCUGUCUUCGAUGAAGGGCGGAGCUGGCACGCAGCAACACGUGACCCCACGUCCACCGUGGCCCAGCCCACGGUGCACACUGUGAAUGGCUACACGAACCGGACACUGCCAGGUCUGACCGGAUGCCGCGGAACAUCCGUGUACUGGCACGUGAUGGCGGUGGGCACCACGCCCGACAUACACUCCAUCCUCCUCGAAGGCCACACAUUCUCUGUGAGGAGCCACCGUCAGGCUUCCCUGGAGAUCUCACCCAUGACUCUGCUCACGGCUCAGACGUGGCUGAUGGACCUGGGGCGGUUCCUGCUCUUUUGUCACAUCUCUUCCCACAGACACGGUGGCAUGGAAGCCUACGUCCAGGUGGACAACUGCCCCGAGGCACCCCAGGGGCAGGGAAGAAGGGACGAGGACAUAGAGGACUAUGAUGAUCUGGACUCGGAAAUGGACGUCUUCACCUGGGAUCGAGAUGCCGCCCCCUUCGUCCAGGUCCGCUCAGCAGCCAAGAGACACCCCAAGACCUGGGUGCACUACAUCGCAGCAGAGGAGGGGGACUGGGACUAUGCGCCUGCGGCCGCCACCCUAGAAGACGGGAGCCUGCGGAACCGGUACCUGGGGCGCGGCCCUGGCCGCAUCGGCAGCAAAUAUAAGAAAGUCAGGUUCGUGGCCUACACGGACGGCACCUUUCACACGCGUGAGGCCACCCCGCGUGAAGCCGGGCUCCUAGGGCCACUGCUCUACGGGGAAGUCGGAGACUCACUGUUGAUUGUGUUCAAGAACCGAGCGAGCCGGGCAUACAACAUCCACCCUCAUGGGAUCCGUGACGUUGGCGCUCUGCAUGCAGGGAGGCUGCCACGAGGGGUGAAGCACGUGAAGGAUUUGCCGAUCCGCCCAGGAGAGACGUUCAAGUACAGGUGGACGCUGACCGCAGAGGAUGGGCCUGCAAGGUCAGAUGCGCGGUGUGUGACGCGCUACUACACGAGCGCUGUGGAUCCCGAGAGAGACCUGGCUUCCGGGCUGAUUGGCCCCCUCCUCAUCUGCUGUAAAGAAUCUGUAGAUCAAAGGGGGAACCAGAUGAUGUCAGACGAGAGGAACGUCAUCCUGUUCUCCGUGUUUGAUGAGAACCGGAGCUGGUACAUCGCGGAGAACAUGCGACGCUUCCUCCCCGACGAGGCACAUGUGCAGCUGCAGGACCCCGAGUUCGAGGCCUCCAACCUCAUGCACAGCAUUAAUGGCUACGUCUUCGACGGCCUGGAGCUGCGCGUUUGCCUGAACGAGGUGGCUGCCUGGCACGUGCUCAACGUCGGCGCGCAGACCGACUUCCUGUCUGUCUUCUUCUCUGGACACACGUUCAGACACAGGGCGGUGUACGCAGACACACUCACGGUGUUCCCGCACUCGGGGGUCACCGUCUUCAUGUCCAUGGAUAACCCAGGUGUGUGGGUGCUGGGGUGCCACAACCCGGACUUCCGGAAGAGCGGGAUGACCGCACUGCUGAAGGUUUCCAGUUGUGACGAGGGCGUGAGUGAUUACUACGGAGAGACCUAUGAGGGCGUUCUGGCCCCGUUGGCCAAUGACAACGCCGUGGACCCCGGGAGCUUCUCCCAGAAUUCAAAUCGUCUGCACAGCAGGAAAAAGAAAAGCAACACGCCGAUGCGCUUCCCACUGAGCCAUCCUACCCAGCAUGGCUCGUUUUGGUCGGACAGCCAGGGAGAUGUCCAUGACGCUGUUCAUAGAGUCCAUUCACCCGCUGCAGCACACAGCAAUGAAGGCCCAGCCGAAGCAGCCCAGCUCAAGCCCAAACCCCAUCCCGGUGAGAAAAUGGCACUUCCUCCUUCUUGGUUAAGAGCAAAGAGAAGUCUGGUGACAACCAUGGAAGCCAAGCGGAAGAAACUGGAUCUCCAGGUCCAGGUUUCUGGUUUGCCCGAUGACAGAACAACCACAGUGGUUGCGCCGGACGAUUCGAUGGCAGCUUGUAAGAAGGCGGGUUCUUCAGGGUUUCCAGAUGAAUCGAGUCCCGCUGCAUUGGGUAAGAAAAUGUAUCCCCGUAUCAGGCCCCACGGACCUUUAAGCAUCAUUGAAGGAAACAGGGAUUCCAACUCGUCGGACUCGACUUUAAUGUAUAGGCUGGGAAGUCCACCAGGAGACGCCACAUCAUGGACGGAGAACCGCAGAGGACUCGGCGAGAAGAGGUCUCACAGGGUCGCUUUCCUGGCCAGAGGUAACACUUUACUCAGUGACGUUGAUGAAAAGUCGCACGCCCCCGGCCCAACAUCAGUUGGGAACAGCACAGCAGCCGUGCAGGACACCAUAUUAGAGAUCCACAGUGAGAUUCUCGAGGUCACACCUCCGAUUCAUGACAGGAUACUUUCAGACAAAAGUGCUACAUAUUUGAGACCGCACCGUACGCCCGACAGAAUCACCUCGACGGAAAGGAAAGACAUACGUCACGAAAAAGAUGGAGAUCCUGUUCCGCAGGAUCCAGAUGACACAAGCGCGCCAUUCUCGGAGGCGCCUUUCCUGUCAGAAUCCACAGAUUGGUUAAAAGAGGCCAAUGGGGAUAACUCUGCAAAACCUGAGCAAGAACCCAGUCCAGAGCAAUUAGUGUAUUUAAUGUAUAUAAAGUGUAUGGAAAAUCAGAGUUUCUCGUCAGAGAAGAAUAAAAUGAUAGCAGGGCAGGGUGGAUUUACCAAGAACACAGGACUUGAAGACACGUUUUUUCCCAGAAAGACGAGUAUGUUUCUCACCACUGUGGCUAAGAGACAAGAAAGUGGGAGGCACAACCAAGAAAACAAUCCUCAGGAAGUGACAGAGAAGGAAGCGCCAAUCGAAGAGAAGGGAGCUCUGCCCCAGGUGCACAUAGCGACUGGCUCUAAGAACUUCCUGAGAGACGUGUUUGUACUCGGUACUGGGCAAAAUCUAAAUCUCCACGAAGAGACAUAUGUACCAGUUCACAAAAACGUCCCAUGGACAAGGAACCCAACAGACACAAGACAGAUUCCCAUGGUUCAUUUCUUUAAGAAAAGGAAGGAGGAGGAAACCAAUUCAGGAGGCUUGGUAAACAAAACGAGAGAAACGGUGAGAAACUACCCAAGCCAGAAGAAUAGCGUUGCUCGACGUAGGGAACAGGCUUCGGGACGAAUCAAAGCAUCCGCUCGUUGGCUUCCAGACGUAAACCGUUCAAUGCAGAGUCUCCUUAAACAGAUUGACCACCGCAAGGAAAGGAAAAAGUUCAUUAUAGAAUCCCGCUCCGCAGAUCGUUCUGGGACUAAAAGUCCCACUCAGACCAAUCAUUCUCCCUCACACGUUGUGAAAACGUCAGCAUUCCCACCUAGAGACAUCCGAAGGAUCGAGUCGCGAGACAGUUCUCCUCAGGUCUGGGUGUCGUCCUACGCUUACGACUUUGAGACAGGAAGUUCUACAAUUCGAGAGAGCAGUCCUUUUCUGAAUGAAACUGAGACGGAUAACCCUUCUCUCGCCGUGCCGCCGCGGGAGAUGUUCGUGCGUCGAGGAAGGUUCGCCUCCCCGGGAAAAGUGAACACACACUCAGUGCCGUUCAUGCGUCGAGGAAGGUUCACCUCCCCAGAAAAAGUGAACACACACUCAGUGCCGUGUGACAAACCCGAAAACGUUGUCUCCUCGGAACCAGUGUCGCCUGGCGAAGCUGUCACAGUCGCACUCUCUCCUCACGUCUCCACUCAGGAGGAGGAACCUUUGCCUGCAGGAAGUAGCUGUGAGCGUCGCGGACAUGUGGAUCUCUUUCUCGAAAUCUCUCUCCAGAGAACACGGGGGCCCGUUGAACGGAGUAGAGGAAGGAGGCCUGGGGGAGACAUGGAAGGUCACACAGAGAACCCCGGAAAGACUCCCUCCCCACUGGCACAGAUGCCGAAAGAUCAGCGUGGGUCUGAAGCGGGGUACCCAAAAAUCUGCCGCUGGAGAGACGGCACUGUUUCGCCCCCGAGGCCUCACAACCUUUCCCUAGGAGCAAAGAAAAAACCAAAUCUGCCCCGAAGAGAAGCCACACGGGUGGAGCAAGGCGAGGCUCCGAGGCUGGUCUCUCCAGAGCCCCCGGUGCUGAGACGACGUCCAAGGGAAGCUGGCACCCUUCUGCCAGGAGGAGAGAUGCGAGAGGACGACGGUGAUGGUGUCACGGCGGAGUACGACGACGAUGAUGACGUCAUGGCAGAGUACGACGACGAUGCUGUCACGGUGGACACGCCCGAGGAUUUCGACAUCUAUGGCGAGGAGGCAGGGCAGGGACCCCGCGGCUUUCAGCAGAAAACGCGGCACUAUUUCAUCGCGGCGGUGGAGGAGCUUUGGGACUACGGGGUGCGUGUGUCGCCUGGAGCUCCAGGAGACAGGGCGUGGAGUGGGGACGCAGCUCGGUUCCGGAAAGUGGUUUUCCGUGAGUUCACGGACGGGUCGUUCACGCAGCGUGUGCACCGUGGGGAGCUGGACGCACACCUGGGGCUACUGGGGCCAUACAUACGGGCGGAAGUGGAGGACAACAUCGUGGUGACCUUCCGGAACCAGGCCUCCCGCCCCUACUCCUUCUACUCCAGCCUGGUGUCCUACCCGGAAGCCGACGGUGGAGCUGCACCGAGGAGCAACUUUGUGCGGCCCAACGAGACCAAAACUUACUUCUGGAGAGUCCGGCCGCACAUGGCGCCCACGGACGGCGAGUUUGACUGCAAGGCCUGGGCCUAUUUCUCCGACGUGGACCUCGAGCGAGACCUGCACUCGGGGCUGAUUGGGCCACUGCUCGUGUGCCACGCCUCCACCCUGCACCCCUCGCACGCGCGGCCGCUCGCAGUGCAGGAGUUCGCGCUGCUCUUCGCGGUGUUCGAUGAGACCAAGAGCUGGUACUGCGCUGAGAACCUGGACCGGAAGUGCAGGCCGCCCCGCGGCACCCCCGCGGGAGACCCCGCCUGGAGAGAAGAGUACCGCUUCCAUGCCGUGAAUGGUUACGUCGCAGAUGCUCUGCUUGGCCUGGUGAUGGCGGAAGGUCGGAGGACGAGGUGGCAUCUGCUCAGCAUGGGCGACCCCGGGCACGCACAGUCCGUGCAUUUCAGCGCGCACAGCGUCACCGUGCGGGACGGGGGCGAGCACAGGACAGCGGUGUGCAACCUGUACCCAGGCGUGUUCACAACCGUGGAGAUGUUGCCGUCCAGAGCAGGGAUCUGGCGGGUGGAGAGCCUGGUGGGCGAGCACCUACGGGCUGGGAUGAGCGCCCUCUUCCUGGUGUACAGCACGCGCUGCCAGGUACCGCUCGGCAUGGCUUCCGGUUACAUCCGGGACUCGCAGAUCACGGCUUCCGGCUACCACGGGCUGUGGAGCCCGCAGCUCGCGAGACUUCACAACGCGGGAUCCGUGAAUGCCUGGAGUGCCAAGGAGCCAUUCGCGUGGAUCAAGGUGGAUCUCCUGGCGCCCAUGAUUCUUCACGGCAUCGAGACGCAGGGCGCCCGCCACAGACUUUCCAGCCUUUAUGUGUCUCAGUUCAUCAUCAUGUACAGCCUGGAUGGGAAGCAGUGGCUGAGCUACCGAGGAAACUCCACGGGAAGCCUGAUGGUUUUCUUCGGCAACGUGGACGCGUCCACUGUGAGGCACAACCGCUUCGACCCCCCGAUCGUUGCCCGCUACAUCCGUGUGCACCCCACACAUGCCAGCAUCCGUACCGCCCUGCGCAUGGAGCUGCUCGGCUGCGACCUGAAUAGUGAGGAGGAAGUGAGGGGAGAAAGUGAGGGGGAGGUGAAUGAUCCCACACAGUGGCUGCAGGUGGACUUGCAGAGGACUGUGAAAGUCACCGGCGUCGUCACCCAGGGCGCGCGGUCUCUCCUCACUGCCAUGUUCGUGAAAAAGUUCCUCGUCUCCACCAGCCAAGAUGGCCGCCACUGGACUCACGUCUUGCACGACGGCAAGGUCAAGGUUUUUCAGGGUAACCGGGAUGCGUCCACGCCCGUGGUGAACUCUCUGCACCCCCCGCGCUUCACUCGAUACCUUCGGAUUCACCCCCAAGUGUGGGAGCGGCAAAUCGCUCUGCGGCUCGAGAUCCUGGGGUGUGAGGCUCAGCAGCUGGACUGAGGUUGCCUUCGCACCUGCGCCUGUCACCCCUCCUCAGUUCGAGGGUUGUGUCACUGCUGUAAAGGGAAGCAUGGCAGCGCAUAAGCAGAUGUGGCGCUGGAGGAGUGACCGAGAUUCCACAUCUGGACCCACGGGCAGCAGGAGGACAGAGACGCGCCACCACCAUUUUAUUUAAGACCAUACAUGAUGUAUAACCAUAUAUGAUCACACACGACCCCACUCUGAUACUCUCCAAAUUAUUCAUCCUGAAUUUCCUGAAGACUUAACUUUCGACGUUCGAAGUGGAAGCCGGGAAGCGAUGCACUAGGUUUUACACGUUCAGUGUAUAUGGUGUAUAUAUGAUGUAUAUUGUGCAUGGCCAACACCAAAAAAAAAA